AAUAAUUUCCCAACUAUUCUCAUCAAUAAAAAAAAGAAAAAAAAAAAGAGGAUAAAUUGUUGCGGGCCCUUUCGAGAAAAGUGCAGCCGAUUUCCAUAUCUACCCCUUCAGCGUCACCCUCAAUCAAAAACAAAAUCUAUGAAACCCAACCCUAAAUCAGUCGGGUCUCCGCCGCAUACCCUUCGGAUAUUCUCCGCCGGCGCUCCUCUGUACGUCUUUCGAACUCCGAUUGCCUUAUAUUGGUAAAAUUCAAGGUUUCAUGUGAUGGAUAUGUCAGAUGCAGUCAUUGUUAACUCUAGCAGAUUGAAAUCUGAUGUAUGGAAUGACUUUGAUAGGGUAAAAAAGGGUGACACCUUUGUGGCUAUUUGUAGGCAUUGUAAAAAGAAGCUUAGUGGAUCAAGUACAAGUGGGACGUCACAUUUGAGAAACCAUUUGCGUAGGUGUCAGAUAAGACCUAAUCAUGGUAUCCCUACGUAUUUUUCACCAAGGGAAAAGAGGAAGGAAAGGUCCCUUGCUCUUGUAACUGUUGACCAUCAGCAGAAAAAGGAUGAAGUGCUUAAUGUUGGGAAUCUUAUAAAUGAGCAGAAGCAGUUUAAAAAUGAGACUGUUAAUUCUGGUAGUAGUAACUUGGAUCAGAGGCGAAGUCAAUUUGAUCUUGCCCGUAUGAUAAUAUUGCAUGGCUAUCCAUUGUCAAUGGUUGAGCAUGUUGGAUUCAGAGUUUUUGUAAAGAACCUACAGCCAUUGUUUGAGCUUGUGACAUUUAACAAAGUUGAGGCUGACUGUUUAGAAAUAUAUGCAAAUGAGAAACAGAAGGUAUAUGAAGUUUUUGACAAGUUGCCUGGGAAAAUCAGUGUUAGUGCUGAUGCACGGAUUGCUGCAGAAGAUGCAGAGUACUUGUGUUUGACAGCACACUAUAUUGAUGAGGAUUGGCAAUUAAAAAAGAAGACUUUAAGUUUCCUUCUGAUUGAACCUUCUUAUACAGAAGAUAUGCACUCAGAGGCAAUGAUGUCAUGUCUGAUGGAUUGGGACAUAGACCGUAAGUUGUUCUCUAUGAUAUUUGAUAGUUCCACAAGUGACACUAUUGUUGAGAGAAUCAGAGAUCGUCUAUCCCAGAACAGAUUUCUUUAUUGUAAUGGUCAAUUAUUUGACGUUCGUUGUGUGGUAAAUCUUUUGAAUCACAUGGUUGAAGAUAUCAUGGAAGCAUUGUCUGAAGUUGCCCAGAAAAUUCGUGAAAGUGUUCGGUAUGUUAAAAGUUCACAAGAGACUCAAGCUGUGUUUAGUGGACUGGCUCAAGAAUUGCUGGAUCAGAGUAAAAAUUGCUUAUGUCUUGAUAGUCCGUUGAGAUGGAACUCAACAUAUUUUAUGCUUGAAGUUGCAUUAGAAUACAGGGAAGCUUUUUCCCAAUUGCGAGAACGAGAUCCUGACAACAUGAAGUUCCUCCCAUCUGAUUUGGAAUGGAAUAGAGUGAGCACCAUUGCUGGCUACUUGAAGCUGUUUGUUGAAAUUACAAGCAUUUUCACUAGAAACAAGAAUCCAACUGCAAAUAUAUUUUUUCCUGAGGUUUGUGAUUUGCACUUGCAGUUGAUUGAAUGGUGCAAGGAUCCAGAUGAUUAUAUCAAUUCUCUGGCUGCAAAGAUGAGAAAGAAGUUUGAUGACUAUUGGGAGAAAUGCAGCUUGUGUCUAGCCCUUGCAGCCAUGUUGGAUCCUCGAUUCAAGAUGAAGCUUUUAGAGUACUACUACCCGCAGAUAUAUGGUGAUAGUGCUUCAGAACUUAUUGAUGAUGUGUUUGAGUGCAUCAAGGCACUUUACAAUGAACAUUCCAUUGUUUCUCCAUUAGCUACUCUUGAUCAAGGUCUGGCGUGGGAGGUGAAGGGUAGUGCUGGCAGCAUAACUGGCUCUGGAAAAGAUUCCAGGGAUAGGCUAAUGGGAUUUGACAAGUUCCUUCAUGAAACUGGUCAGAACCAAAGCUCUAAGUCAGAUUUGGACAAGUAUUUGGAGGAACCUCUUUUUCCUCGAAAUGCUGACUUCAACAUUUUGAAUUGGUGGAAAGUUCAUACUCCACGGUAUCCUAUCCUAUCUAUGAUGGCACGCAAUAUUCUGGGGAUUCCCAUAUCCAAAAUUUCAUCUGAAUCAGCAUUCAGCACAGAAGGUAGGAUGCUUGAUGUUAAUUGGCGUUUGUUGCGGCCUAAUACCGUGCAGGCUUUGAUGUGUUCACAGGACUGGAUAAGAGGUGAACUAGAAAGUUAAGUUGGUUUUAUUUUAUGUGUCUUUCUUUUCUUUUCUGUUUUUUUUUUUCCUCCUUAGAACUAGUUAUUGUAAACAAGUCUUUUUGAUUAUUGUUCCCCAUCUAAUGGUUUCAUCUAUAAUUCUCUCCCCCUGUUGGCACCGUUAUUAAUUGACUUUCAAAAGAAUGAUAUAACUUUUGAGGAUGGUUGGUGCGACGAGGUACUCCCAAUCUUUUUUGGGUUCUUUGCAAAAAAUAUAGGGGACGGGGACAG